AUGACUUCCAUUACAAAAAGGGCAUGUUGCUGUGUACAGCCGAGAUGUGGUCUCUGUCAUUUCGAGUUUCGAGACAAAGAUGAUGUCAUAGUCAUGUGGGGUUUGAGGGAAUGGCGACUUCAAUAUCGCCCGAGCAACUUUUUCGGCCUUGAAGAUGAUCACGAGUUCUUUGGCUGCAGAGACAGUUGCUACCAACUCAAUCGGAGCCCGUGUUAUCAUGCCUCUUGUGUACGAAUUUGCACCCCUGGACGAGUGUCUAGCUUUUCUUCUGGGGCUUGGCACAGCACAUGUAAAGCCCGGCGUCACUGGAUCCAAAAGCACCUAACUGCAGCAUUUGAGGUCUAUCUGCCUUUGCCAGCGGAAGUCCGGGCAAAUAUAGCGCAGAGACUACUACCAGAGUAUGCUAUAUUAAGACGUAUGUCGCUUGGUCACUUAUCGUCGUCAACCUCGUCAGUAAAGGUUGCGGCUCCUAUUGAAGAAAGCUACGUUACGUUUGAAGGGGUGACUUACGUCAAGGAGCUGAAAACCCGGUCCGACGUACCUGACAGCUGGGUUCCUCCCAAGGCCCUCUACAUAACAAUAGGCUUCGAGGGCGUUCUGAAACUAAUAUUUGCUAAGUCUGAUAACAUUCCAACGAUUCAACCCGCCCCGGGAGUGUGGUGGGAAACAAUCCCGCUCAGUGACCAAAAUGGGAGUCUGGAAUGCUACUAUGAUGGCAUUAAGUUAACCGGACUCGCAUACAAAAACGAGUCUGGACAAGUCGUCAACCUAAAUCGCAACGCGUUCUCAAUUCCACGAUCCCCUGCGGCUACGCAUCGAUAUGUCGCCUUCACUAAAUCCUCUAGUCUAUCGCUGUAUCGGAUGUCCUUAUACCAAUAUAAUCAUCCAGGGAUCACUGGCUUCUCCAUCUGCUGCAAUCCCUCUCCCGUCUCCUUCCACGCUCACGUGCCAGACGAGGACUUAUCUUUCUAUCAAUCUGCCCCCGAAGGAUCAUUCUGGAUCUACACACCACUAGAUAAGAAUGAACGCAUUGUGCGUAUCUGGAAGCGAGCUUCCAAACGUGGUUCAGAAUGGCAACUCCCGGAUCUCACAUUGAUGGUGGAUACGCUCAAGGCCCUUGGGAACCCAGACUUUGGCAAAAGGGAGCUGGCUCUUGCAUUUGAGACGAACCAAGGACGAACACUAUUAUUUGGAGCGACUUCGGAUCGGGACUUUCCCUGGUGUAAAUGGUCUCUUCUAGAUGCCCCUAAUGGGGAACCUGGACACUUCUUUUUUGAUACACAUCCAACUUGCACUCGCGCCCUCUGCUUCGAGUCUCAGGAACCAGCGCAAGCCCUGACUUUCGCCCCUCCACAACCAUCUUCGCCUCACCCUGGAAUUGACUCAUUGGAUUCUUUUUUCUGGUCCAGUGCAUCCGUUGAAGAUGUCAGGGAGGUGAGACCAUGUCGCCAAAAGAAUGAGAUCUCGGGACUUUUAUUCCUCUACUCUGAUGGCAGAUCAGCAACCUUGGGUCAAGUCCGUCUUGACCACCUCGACACACCCCUCAUACCGAAAGACGCCCAAAAGCUCUACCUUGGGUUCACGACAACUGCCCAAGAGUGUCCUUAUGUGGCUCGGGUUGAGAUCUUGGCCGAGAACCCAGAUGAGUGUGCUGAGAAUACAGAUGACGGCGUCUUGUCAGGUCUAUCAAGAUGGGCGUAG